CUGCUAGGAAGCAGCCUAGCGUCACUUCACAACAGCUCGGGUUUCAUCUGGCUGUGCGGUCAGAUAGGAAACAACCAAGCCACUUUAAACAAUGUUCCUCACCCUCCGUGUCACUUGCUUCGUGGUGGAGCUAUGAUGAAGAGCCCGAGAGACGGCGGAAAGACUGGGAAAGUUUCGCCAAGCGACAAUCUCCCAGAUCUGAGUUAGGACAGGACACAGCACCUGCCUCUUUGGAUCGUUUUGAGUGCAUUAUCGGGAUUGCACAGAACUUUUAAAAAAAAAAGAUAGGAAUAUAACUUGCAUUGUAAUUAAGUGCAGGACAGGAAUAUCAUCCUCAGCGGGUGCAAAAAUGUACCCUGGAUUGUUGACAACAUUCUUUUGCCUUCUUGGGGGAUUCCUUGUGAUCGAAGGUCUCCCUCGAAACAGACUGAAUGCACCACACCUGACUGUAUCUGACAAGCAGCUGGUUAUUGAAGUCAAUGGCACAAUCAACAUCACAUGCAGAGGGCAGACAUCGGUGGGCUGGGCUGGAUCCAACCAUCCUGAUGCUACUAAAGGAAGACUUCAAGUAACCAACUUCAGGUGCGGAGGCAAGAGGAAGUCUUUUUGCAGUACCAUGAUUCUAAGGAACGCUCAUCGAAACGAUACUGGAUACUACACCUGUAAAUACGCCACUCCUGCAACCAAUGAAAGCCAGAUCUAUUUAUUUGUGAGAGAUCCUCAGAGUCCAUUUGUGCAACCUCAUCCUGAAAUUCCCAGGUUAAUAAAGCUGCAGGAAAACAGUGCGAUUGUGGUGAUUCCCUGCCGUGUCACAGCUCCGGACCUCCAGGUCACCUUACUGACGGACAACGUUGAAUUAAAGACUGACAAGGAAAAUACCACGUGGGAUCCGAAGCAAGGGUUUGUCAUUCGGAAUCCUGAACGGGUGCGGCACGGGAUGUUGCAGUGUACGACCCAGGUUAACAACCAACUCUACUCAUCCCACUACAUGAUACUCAUCGAAGUUGGAGGACUGAUACAUCUUCAGCUGAACACGACCUCAAGGAUCAAGGUGCUAGCUGGUGCUACACUCUCCAUCAAAUGUCUGGCUACAAUGUAUUACAAUUCCAGGGCUGAAUUUCGUUGGGAUUACCCUGCCAAAUUGACUAAUAGAACUGUUGCAAUUAGUGAAGCAAAGGCAAAGGUAGCAGAAACUACAUAUCAAAGCAUUCUGACACUGAAUAACAUCCAGCUCAUAGAUAAAGGCACCUACGCCUGCAAGGUGCAUAAUAAAAAUAUAUCUGAAAGCAAGACUAAAGUAAUCGUCAUUGAGAAACCUUACAUUUCGGCAGAGUUUAAAAAAGAGAACCCUUUGCUUGUGAAAGUUGAGCAAGGAAACGUGAGACUUCCGGUCAAAGUGAACGCAUUCCCGUCUCCAGAAGUAUCCUGGUACAAGAAUGGGAAACUCAUUACCCAGAAUCAGACUUGUUAUGUCCAAGACCGCUAUACAUUGAAAAUAAUCUCCAUAUCUGAAAAGGAUGAGGGGAAUUACACUGUUUCACUGACCAACAAGCUGCAUAACCUUCAGAAGAACAUUACCAUCACCCUCAGAGUCUCUAAGGAUGUCAAGCCAGAGAUCGCUGAUAAAAUUGUGGCAUCUCCAGGAGAGAAGGUUUAUCAUCUUGGGAAAAACUACCCACUGACAUGUACGGCUUCUGGGUCUCCAAUCCCCGACAUCCACUGGGAGUGGCAGCCCUGCGACACGGCACUGUCCACAUGUAAACCAAGCAAUGAUGAGAAAAUUACCAUCACAAAUGCUGCGACAAUUCUGGGCAACAAAAUUCAGAUUUUGCCCCAGAAAAGCAUGGUGAUACAGAAUAAAACAAAGAUUGUGAGCAGACUGACAGUUAUUGAAAGCAAGGUCUCGGGGAUUUAUUACUGCUUGGCUUCCAACAGACUCGGCGUGGACAGGAGACAAAUUAACUUCUUUAUUACAAAUCAGUCCGAUGUCCUGCACCUCGAGGCAGAUGCCACCACGUCACGGACACAGGGAGAGGAUCUGAAUCUCAUCUGCUGGGUCAGAAAAUACUACGGGAAGGAGGUGACGUGGUAUUACCAGUCCUUUGAGAAUUCCCUCCAGGUUCAACUGGAUCUUUUCACCCAAAGAAUUGAAGGAAUCUACUCCAGGAAGUUGGUUCUCCAUCUCAGAAAUGUGACGAAAAACCACAGUGGCAUUUACAAGUGCAAAGCGAUGGACGUGACCUGCGGCAAAGAGUGUGAGAGGCACACUAUUGUGCACAUAGAAUCUAAGACUGUCCCAGUUCUGCAGAAGAACCUGACCAACAUGGAGGUGAACAGUAGCAGCACCGUGGUCCUGUACUGUAAUGUCACAGGCCGACCUUCCCCCACCAUCUCCUGGUACAGAAAUGAAAAACAGGUUCUUCCAGCUUCAGGUAUAUCUUUGGAAUCGGGAAGCAAAACGUUGAUCAUUGAGAGGGUUGAACAUGAUGAUGAAGGAGUGUACAAAUGCAAGGCGACAAACGAGAAGGGGACGGUGGAAACGUCAGCGUAUAUAUCAGUUCUAGGCGCUGAGGAAAAGUCGAACUUGGAGCUGAUCAUCUUGGUGUGCACUGGAGUGGCGGCCACACUCUUUUGGCUUUUACUCACUCUUUUCAUCCGGAAACUGAAGAAGCCACGCACAGCGGAUGUUAAAACUGGGUAUCUGUCCAUCAUAAUGGACCCAGACGAAGUGCCUUUGGAUGAGCAGUGUGAACAGUUCCAGUACGACAGCAGUAAAUGGGAGUUCCCCAGAGACAGACUCAAACUCGGGAAGACUUUGGGUCAUGGCGCGUUUGGCAAAGUGGUGGAGGCAUCUGCCUUUGGGAUCGAUAAGUCAUCAACCUGUAAAACUGUGGCUGCAAAAAUGUUAAAAGAGGGGGCCACUGCCAACGAGUGUAAAGCCCUUAUGUCAGAGCUGAAAAUCCUCAUUCACAUCGGCCAUCAUCUAAACGUGGUGAACAUACUGGGAGCGUGCACCAAGUCCGGAGGCCCUCUGAUGGUGAUUGUGGAGUACUGCAAGUAUGGAAAUCUGUCCAACUAUCUCAGGAACAAAAGAAAUGAUUUCAUUUUCAUCAAGUGUCAGAAGAACGUCAACCAGCUUGGCGACGACACGGGCGCGGACUUGAUGGAAAGUACAAAGCGCCGUCUGGAAAGUGUGGCCAGCACAGGAAGUUCCACCAGCUCCGGCUUCGUGGAAGAUAAGAGCUACAGUGACGCGGAAGAGGAAGAGGAAGAUGCUGAAGAUCUCUACAAACGACCCCUAGCCAUGGAGGACCUGAUUUGUUACAGUUUCCAAGUAGCAAAGGGCAUGGAGUUUUUGGCUUCAAGGAAGUGCAUUCAUCGAGACCUGGCAGCACGGAAUAUCCUCUUGUCUGGAAACAACGUUGUGAAGAUCUGUGAUUUUGGCCUGGCUCGUGAUAUUUACAAAGAUCCGGAUUAUCUGCGAAAGGGAGACGCCCGGCUCCCACUCAAGUGGAUGGCACCAGAGUCUAUAUUUGAUAAAAUCUACACAACCCAGAGCGAUGUCUGGUCUUUCGGAGUGCUGCUGUGGGAAAUAUUUUCCUUGGGAGCCUCACCAUAUCCAGGAGUCCAGAUAGAUGAAGAAUUCUGUCACAGGCUUAAAGAAGGAACACGGAUGAAACCACCUGAAUAUUCUUCACCGGAAAUCUAUCAGACAAUGCUGGACUGCUGGCUUCAGGAGCCCGGAGAAAGGCCCACCUUCAAUGAGCUGGUUGAACAGUUGGGGAAUCUAUUGCAGGCCAAUGUCCAGCAGGAUGGAAAAGAUUACAUCCCUUUGAACAUGACGCUGCAAACACACCUUGAUUCAACCCUCUCCUCAAUAGACCCCAGCCUCACUGAAGACACAGCAAAAGUUAAUCACAAUGGCGCAGGAAACGCCGGGCUCAACUGCAAUAAUCCAAAGAGGAGGCCAUUAAGCGUGAAAACAUUUGAUGAUGUCCCUGUAGAAAAUAAGACGACUGUGAUCGACGAGGAAGUAGAAACUGAUAGCGGGAUGGUGCUGGCCUCCGAAGAACUGAAACAUUUGAAGCACCUGGAAACUAAACCCUGCACUUUUGGACUGAUUACGCUGGCGAUGAGGGCAGUGAGUAGAAGCAAGGAGUCCAUCCUGUCUGAGGUUGAGGCCCACGCCAAGCCAUUCCAGUCCAGCAUGUGUAACGCUGAGGAUGAGGGGCUGGAUUUUGCGAUGGAAGAUGCAGUCCUGCUACCGAUGGACCAGACACUGGAAUGCCACAGUCCGCCACCGGAUUACAACUCUGUCGUCCGUUACACCGCCCCGCCAGUCUGAACAAACUGACCCUUCCGACCACGACACCGUCGCCAACGCGGCCCCCUAAUGAGCGAUGCACGGCAAGCAAAAUAUCCUGGAAAUAUCCUGGAAACUAUGGUUGGGAAAAAUCUAGAUUGGGCAAGGGGUAUGAAAACUAGCACACAGCAUUUAACAUUAA